AGUGAUCGACAGGGAGGACUCCAUCUACAUUCCAAACCACUACCAGGCACACUCCGCAUUCUCAUCGUUUUCGGAUUACAUUCUUCACAACGCACAAUGAAAUCACCACUGAACAUUGGUUUAUGGCUAAUUGCCUUGGUCCUGAUGAUGAUAGAGAUGAUCUUUUUCCAAAAGAUACGCCUGCACUCCCGUGGGAUCAAAAAACGGUUUAGCAAAGUCAACCUUGAUGUCUUCUCUUCGUCACCCCACGAGGACAUAGUUGAGGAGUAGAGCUGAACAGGCAAGAUCGUCUUCUUUUAGUAACUCGUGAGGUCAUGGAUGCUCGUAUGGAUCUAUAUGUCUCUUCAAAGCAUAAAUGUCCCUGUGACUCCAUAGCCAUGGCUUCCCUGGGCCAUCACGGCUCUUGGAAGGAUGGCACAGCAGCAGAGACAUCACCAGAAUGAUGCUGGGGAGGACUACCCCGAGCUCACGCCUAUACUUGCCAUCCCAGUCGCCGUCUUAGCGGUACUGGUCGUUUUUCUUUCCCUUGGUGGUGCUUCUACACAGCUACUACGACGGCGUCGAUUGCGCGCCUCGCUCCAUGAUAAUGUCCAGGAAAUAUAUGCAAGGCCUAACAUAGUUGCGGCAAAGUUGAAACGACAUCUGUUCUAUGCGCCACUGUUCAGGAUCCGCCACAACAGAGAAUUUCGGAUUUUUCGAAAGAUCCACAUGGGAACUCUGCCAUCCCGAAUGAUGAUUAUUUGGCUGUCUUCCUACAUUGGCCUGAACAGCGUUCUUCUUUUCGUGACGGUAGACUGGUCUGCUAGUUUGUACUUUACGAUGGACAGAUGGAGGUAUGCAGCUGGACACAUGGCAAUUUUCAAUACCUUGCCUUUGGUAUUGACCGCCGGACGGAACAAUCCUCUCAUAUCACUUUCUGGGAUAUCGUUCGAUACUUUCAACACCGUCCACCGCUGGCUUGGGCGUAUUGUGUGCGUCGAGGCUGUUGUACAUAUGACCGGUAUUCUGGUAGCUGUUGCAGCUCGUGAGGGCUCUGGGGCGAUCCUGGACAUUUUUCGACAUGAACCCUUGUUUCUCUAUGGACUUAUAGCCGUUGUUGCUUUCGUUGUGAUAUUCUUCCAAGCCGUAUCACCAUUACGGCAUUCAUUUUACGAAUUUUUCCUGCAUUUUCAUAUAAUUCUGGUUAUAGUCGCAUUUGUAGCUUUGUGGUAUCACCUACGGGGUCUGAUGGCUCAGAAUGUUCUUCUUGCCGCCGUGGGUCUCUGGGGUUUCGAAAGAUUGGCCCGAGUUGUUCUACUGCUUUGGCGAAAUUGCGGGAGAAGAUGCACAAGCGCUAGUAUCGAGUUACUGUCCGGCUGUGUGGCUCGAGUCGAUCUACAGAUGGCACGCCCGUGGAACUUCAGAGCUGGGCAACACAUCUAUAUGUAUAUCCCUGCUUUGGGGUUGUGGACAUCGCAUCCUUUCUCGGCUGCGUGGAUCUCCACGGAUCGAGCGUAUUACCCGGAAAAGAACGAAUCCAGUGACUCCUUAAAAAUGUUGCUGGGUGCUCGGCAGGAGACAACGAUCUCCUUUUUGAUUCAGAGACGCGAUGGAUUUACGAACGCGAUGUUCAAGGCUUCGGAGGCCUCGCCUGAAGGUAGAAUUCGGGUCAGAGCACUGGCUGAGGGUCCCUAUGGUGCCGUUCAUUCCUUUGCCUCUUAUGGGACUGUCUUGCUCGUCGCGGGCGGUAUCGGAAUCACUCACCCUCUGUCUCACCUGCGUGAACUUGUCCACGGCUUCUCGAAUCGCACCGUGACGACUAGGAAAAUCAUCCUCAUCUGGGUCGUCAAGAAAGUCGAGAACCUCUUCUGGAUCCAGCCCUGGAUGAGCUCCAUCCUAACACACCCUUCCGUCAAGGGCUCCACUCUGCAUAACCCCCAUCUCUAUUUCCAGUCCCCUACACUCUCGCUUUCCGUCCACCUCUUCAUCACCGGCCAUGAUCACAACACAGACGACUUCUUCCCCACCAUAGACAAUCCAUGGACUAGCAUGGCACCGCCCACUGUACCCCUGACCGUCAACCUGGGCAAGCCGCAUUUCGGCCAGACUAUUGAAAGAGAGACGAUGCAGCAAGUGGGCGCUAUGGCGGUGAAUGUAUGCGGGCCAGGAAGUAUGGGUGAUGAUGUGAGGAAAGCCGUCCGCGAUAUUCAGGGGAAGAAGGCGGUUGACUUGUUUGAAGAGGCGUUUUCGUGGUAGUAUUGAUUUGACGAGGUGAAUUUUCUUCCGGUUAUACUUGUUGGGGGUUUGUUUGAUACUAGUGCGCUUAUGUUUAUAUGGGAAGUAUAUGGCCGCGCUUGGGGGUGUAAUUGAUAGUAGUAAUCUGAAUAUAUAAUAACUCUAUUUAUUCCUUCCGGAGUUUAUUGCGGAUGAAUUUUUGAUGUUUCCGAAGCAUA